AUGAUUGACAUCUUACAGGUAGCAAAUGCCAUUGAGAUCGCCUCGAACCCAGUCUCCAACAACGACGCCUUGAAGUCACAAGCUUUCGAAUAUCUCAAUCAGCUCCGCUCCGACCCCACCGGAUGGCAGGUCUGCUUCUCUCUCUUCACCAAGACCCCACAACAGUCCGAAGUCGUACGGCAUGUCAGCUUGGAGAUUGUCAAUAGCGCCGCCCAGGUCGGCUUGAUCGACCAGGCCUCGCUAGUCAUUGUUCGAGAUGGGUUGUUGGCCUAUAUCCGUCAGGCCUACGGCCCCGAAGCCACUUCCUCCCCCGACCCUCCCUAUAUCCAAAACAAAAUCGCACAGACCGUCACAUACCUUUUCUCUUCACUGUACGCCAGUGGUUGGGAGUCCUGCAUCGACGAUCUCCUCGCCCUCACCAACAAGUCCACGGGUCGGGACAACCAGCUUGGAGUGAUCUUUUACCUGCGUGUGCUGAACUCGAUCCACGAUGAGAUCGGCGAUGUGCUAGUUUCGAGAUCUCGCGGAGAGCAGGAUAAGGCGAAUGGGCUGAAGGACCUGAUUCGUGACAGGGACAUGCAAAAAAUUGCCAAUUCCUGGCAGGAAAUUCUCACCGUUUGGCGGGAGGGCAAUGAUACUAUCGUGGAGAUGUGUCUGAAGGCGGUUGGCAGCUGGGUUAGCUGGAUUGACAUCUCUCUUGUCGUGAAUCAGACAAUGUUGGAUCUGCUGUUCCAGCAACUUGGACGGGCCGAAAAACAGGAACUUCAAGAGGCCGAGCAGCGAGUGCGCGAUGCUGCUAUAGAUGUUUUCACUGAGAUAAUUGGCAAGAAGAUGAAACCCGCGGACAAAAUUGAGAUGAUUGUUUUCCUGAAUCUGGACUCCAUCAUCACUCAGCUGUCGAACAGCCCACCGCUACGAGAGCAGCGCUUCACAUCCAAGUACGAUACCGAUUUGGCAGAGACAGUCGCCAAGCUCGUCAACAACACAGCUGUGGAUAUUGUGAGGGUAUUGGACAACGAUGCUGGGCCUAUCAGGGAAAAGGCAGAGAAUCUUUUGCAUGUCUUCCUGCCUCACAUUCUGCGAUUCUUCUCCGAUGAAUACGACGAAGUCUGCUCGACCAUGAUUACUUGCGUCAACGACAUGCUUACCUAUAUUCGGAAACUCGCCAAAGCAAACCCAUCUUUCGAGGAGCGAAACAAGGCCAUUCUCCUUCCAAUUUUGAAGGCUAUCGUUGCCAAAAUGCGUUAUGAUGAGACCUUGAACUGGGGCGACGAGGACGAGCAGACCGAUGAGGCAGAAUUCCUGGAGCUCCGCAAGAGACUGGGUGUAUUGCAGCAGAUUAUCUCCUCGGCUGAUGAGCAGCUUUACAUUGAUGCGAUUUCCGAAGUGGUGGGCACAACCUUCGAGAACCUACGGGCGUCUGGGGGCCAGCUCGACUGGCGUGACCUGGAUCUCGCUCUGCAUGAAAUGUACCUGUUCGGUGAUCUGGCUGUUCGCGGAGGCAGUCUUUACACCAAGGGCGCCCCUACUGGCAUGCCUGCGAACCGUCUGAUCGAGAUGAUGUCUGCAAUGGUGGGCACCGAUAUUCGAUCCUUCACCCACCCCGCAACACAGCUUCUAUACAUGGAGCUUUGCGUUCGCUACAGCUCUUUCUUCGUCCACCACACCCAUCUCAUCCCCGGAGUCCUGGAGAGCUUCCUUCAGCUGGUGCACCACCCCGUUGCGAAGGUCAAAACUCGCUCGUGGUAUCUUUUCCAGCGAUUUGCCAGACAGCUGCGAAGCCAAAUUGGCAAUGUGGCGCAGACAGUCGUGGAGGCAUUGAGCGACUUGUUGGUCAUUCAAGCAGAGGUGCCAACGGAGGGCGAAGAUGGUGAGGACAUGUCUUCCGAAGACCACGAACGCAGCGGAGAGGCCAUCUUCACCAGCCAGCUAUAUCUCUUCGAGUCGGUUGGAAUUAUCAGCUCCACUCCAAGUGUUACCGCAGACAAACAGUUGCUUUACGUCCAAACCGUGCUUAGCCCAGUCUUCGGCGACAUGGAGCGCAACCUCGAAGCCGCCAAAGCAAAUGAUGCGCGUGCGCUGCUGCAGAUUCACCACGAUAUCCUGGCUCUAGGCACUCUUGCGAGAGGAUUCUCAGACUGGCAACCGGGCACUGUCGGCUCCCCAUCCGCCAAUGUACUUCCCGAGGUCUCGGCAGCUUUCGCUCAGGUGGCAGAAGCUACCUUGGUGUCCCUCGAGUCUCUUAAGAACUCGUUCGAUAUCCGGACCGCCGCUCGCUUUGCGUUCUCCCGACUCAUUGGUGUCCUCGGUGCAGGAAUUCUUCCUCAGCUGCCCCGAUGGAUCGAUGGUCUCUUGACUCAAACCUCGUCGCGCGAUGAAAUGGCACUGUUCCUUCGUCUUCUGGACCAGGUUGUCUUCGGGUUUAAGAGCGAGAUCUACAGCAUUCUCGACACUCUUUUGACUCCCUUCCUGCAGCGAGUUUUCGCUGGAAUUGCCGAGCCAACAAUCGGCACUGAUGACGAGAUCCAGCUUGCCGAGCUGAAGCGAGAGUACCUGAACUUCCUGCUCGCCGUCUUGAGCAAUGACUUGGGAGCCGUCAUCAUCAGCGAACGAAACCAAUCCAUAUUCGAAACUAUCAUCACGACCCUCGAACACUUCGCCAAAGACAUUGAAGACCUCACUACUGCCAAGAUGGCAUUCAGCGUGCUGAACCGAAUGGCCAGCUGCUGGGGUGGCCCGGACCUGGCCCCUGCCAACGGCACUGCACCAUCUCAGGCCGCCCUCCCUGGCUUUGGUGCCUUCAUGAUUUCCCGACUCUCACCUCUCACUUGGGCACUUCCGACGACCGCAUCCUUCAACCCUAAAGACGCGCAAGCCAAACAGGUUCUUGCCGAGGCAGGCGGGUUACAGCGCACCAUCUAUGCCAAGACCGGUAUGGAAUACGUAGAGUACUUGCGUAGCCAGGAACUGCCUGGCAUGGGCCUGGGUGCCGAGCUCAUCGAAGAGUUCCUGAACAACAUGGGCCAGCUGGACGUGAAAGGGUUCCGGCAAUUCUUCCCGGUACGUAUCUAA